AUGGCCGCCGCCUUUCGGCCAGUAAAUACUUCAAACACUGACUAUUACCACAAGGACACAAGCAGUAUCAUGCAUUCAUCUCCAGCCACGCCGCGGCCUAACACGGCACCUCAAUCGCAAAAUGACAGACCGAAAGACGAUGGCAGGACACCGACACGAGUCACUUUUAGUGCCUCGAAUGACAUGCGUCACCAGCAAAACGAGCAGCCACAUUCAGAUAACGCCCACUCUUCUUCCACCACGUCGCCGAAUAGAGAUUCUAUGGAUGUCGACAUGGAGGACUCCGAUAAUGAAGCAGGUGCUGGCGAUGAUAACGGCGGAUCUGAUGGCGAAAGUGUGAAUGGCGACGGAACAAAAUCCAAGAAGAAGAAGUCGCAACGCUUCUACUGCACCGAUUUUCCUCCCUGCAACCUGAGUUUCACCAGAAGUGAACAUCUUGCUCGCCACAUCCGAUUGGACAACCUUCGCCAGCACGCUCAAACCGUACAUGUCAACGAAGACAUCCCCAAUGACUCUCUCGCUGCCACUGGUUCUAGAUUUCAGCGUCAGAUGCGCACCGAUAGAGUUCGACAAGCUGGCAAUAGAGCCCGCGCAUCGACAAGUGGUAGCGCUGGUGGGCCACCUCGCGGCCACUCCAAGUCACUGUCGACUUCCAGUAUCAAUUCAAUGGGGUCCAUGGGCUCAGUCUACGGGACACCCAUGCACGCAGACCGCCGGCGGCCUGCGCCUCUGGUUAUGCCGUCAGAUCCGCGAUCGAGAAUGUCAAUAGAAUCGUACCGCAGUGGUGUUGACAGUAACUACUCCUACAGGCCGCACUCUCCCAGCGAUUUCAGUACUCCGACAUCAGCCACAUUCUCUACUGCUCAGAGUAGUCCACGCUGGCCUUCUGGCAUGGCAUCUCCGACAACGUCAGCACACUCACACUCGCACUCACAUACCCGGUCUCAAAGCAUGUAUAUGCCUGACCAAAGGAGGUCAGGGCGCCGUCUGAGUGUGCCGUCCGGUAUUGCGCCCUUUCAGUCUCAUGGGCCUCCUCCAGGUCGACUUGCAUUUGGCCCAGCGCUUGUGAACAGCUCAAAUGCUGGCGCCUUCUCUACCUCGAACCACCACACUGUGGCUUCUCCAGCAGGACAGGCUCCAGGAUGGUCUAGCCGUCGUGAUAGCACAUCUAGCAACAGUGCAGACGAUGGCUGGCGCAGACGGACAUGGCAUCCCGAUAGCCGCGUAUUGAACGGUCAGCAGCCACCACUCAAUGCUCAGUCGACUGUUCAUCCGAACCCGCCUCCACCCAUGGCCACUCCGGCCACAACACAGUUCAACUUGCGAUUACCUGGAAUCGAAUCGUUUGACCCUCUUCCUCAGCGCCCUCCAACGCCGCCUCGUCGCACUCAUUCUCCGAUGGUUGCCGAGCACGACAUGUACCAGCGUCGCAUGCCCAACGCGCAACUUGACUCUAUUCCUACGGAUGAUCGUCGCAAUUUGAACAUGUACGAUGCCAGUCUCCAGCGUGGUAUCAACAGGCUUGAUAUCGGACACCGCACUCCUCCGAGUGACAGCGCAGGUAGCUGGGCCUCUGAGGCGAACAAGGCAGUGCAGGCCCAAGCCGAGCGUGUACAUGGCCACGUGCGUUUCGAGGAACCUCCGCGUGAGCGCUAUGGCCCUCCUCCAUCGCGUUCUCUCCACCAGCAUACAAUGUCUGCUCCGUCGUUGGCCACGAGCCGAGAAGCUAAACGACACGGCUGGUAUAGCGGUCCUGUUGCACUGCAGAGGGAUGCUCCACUGGCACAGGAUAGCAGGGCCGCGCAGGUCGACAAGAUGGUGCACCCAAACUUUACUGCUUUCUCUGGCUUCCCUACGCGUGAGCAGCAGCAGCCCCAGCAGCAGCAAAAGCAUCCUGCCAAUAGCCGAUUUGAUGCUCUUGUUGCUGUUGCUACUAACGAGAGCUCUACAGCUGCAGCUUACUGA